AUGGACAGAAAUGGUUUUACAGACUUGUCAUCCCCCUGUGAUGCAGACAUGGCUAGACCUGCAUGGAAGCCAAGCUCUCAGAAAAAAGUUUCUAUUCUUGCAUCCCUGGAUGACACCUCUGGAAACAUGACACCCAGAGGCCGGUUGCUGUCCCAAACUCCUGGUUCACUGCUUCGCCAGCCAGCUACUGCACUAACUCGAAGCUCCAUGAAGCCAUCAGAUAUGUCUGCCAUCCUGGGAACAGGAGGAAAAUCUGUAAUUCUAUCAAAUUCUGGACUUUUCAGCAAUAUGUCAAUGCUGGAUGAAAGUAACUGGACAAUGUCCCUCUCACCUCAGCAGACAGGAAUGUUUGGGAAUCUAGACACUUUAAAUAUGACAGAAGAUGUCACUAUGAGUGCUGUACUGCUGCGUGAGGAUGAUCCUGGGGAAGCUGCUACUAUGAGCAUGUACUCAGAUUUCCUGCAUUCCUUUCUGAAGCAUACAUCAACUACCAUUUUUGAUCUUGUGGAUGAGUAUGAGGGUAUUUGUAACAGUCAGGUGAAUAUAUUAGGGAAAAUAGUUUAUCGGGCAACUCCUGGGCAGCAAAAGUUUUCCAAAACUGCCAGUGUCCUGUGGCUUCUCAAGCAGGAGAUGGUAACUUGGAGACUCUUGUCCUCACUUUACAGGGACAGAAUACAGUCUGCACUGGAAGAUGAAAAUGCAUUUGAUGUCACAGUUUUAACUGCCAGUGAAAAAACACACGUAGACAACUUGUUUCAGAAAGACUCACUUGUUCGACAGAGCCAGCUGGUGGUAGAUUGGCUGGAGAGCAUUGCUAAGGAUGAAAUUGGUGACUUCUCUGACAAUAUUGAAUUUUAUGCCAAAUCUGUAUACUGGGAGAACACACUCCAUAUCCUGAAGCAACGACAGCUAAACACCUACAUGGGAAGUUGUAGAGCCCUAGUAACAGAGUUGGAUCCAGAUGCUCCUAUAAGACAGAAACUGCCACUUGAUGAUUUGGACCAAGAAGACGAUGUGAGGUUAUUGAAGUAUCUCUUCACUCUCAUCAGAGCAGGAAUGACAGAUGAGGCCCAGCGCUUGUGCAAACGAUGUGGUCAGGCCUGGAGGGCUGCAACUUUGGAAGGAUGGAAACUGUACCAUGAUCCUAACAGAAGUGGAGGAAGUGACCUGCAGCCUGUUCAAGGAAAUCCAUACAGGUGCAUCUGGAAAAUGUGUUGUUGGCGUAUGGCUGAAGAGGAGCAGUUUAAUAGAUAUGAAAGAGCAAUCUAUGCUGCACUGAGUGGAAACCUCAAACAGCUUCUUCCAGUCUGUGACACCUGGGAAGAUACAGUUUGGGCUUAUUUCAGGGUCAUGGUGGACACUCUUGUUGAGCAGGAAAUACGAACCUCAGUAGUAACUGCAGAGGAGAUGGAAGAGCUCCCUAGAGAUUAUUUAGAAACAAACUGGACUUCAGAAAAAGUUUUUGAAGAACUUCAGGCAACAGACAAAAAGAGGGUUAUAGAGGAGAACCAAGAACACUAUCAUGUGAUUCAGAAAUUCAUUAUCCUGGGAGAUGUGGAUGGUUUGAUGGAAGAGUUUAGCAGAUGGCUUUCCAAAGACAGAAGUGUGCUCCCAGGACACCUCCUUCGUUUCAUGACGCAUCUGAUUUUGUUUUUCCGCACUUUGGGCCUCCAGACGAAGGAGGAGGUUUCUGUUGAAGUCCUCAAGACCUACAUUCAGAGGCUGAUGUCUGAGAAGCACACAGACUUGAUAGCAUUUUAUGUUAGCCACCUGCCCCCCGAGCUGGCCGUUGCUCAGUACGCUUUGUUCCUGGAAGAUGUCACUGACAGUGAGCAGCGCCACCACUGCCUUGCAUUAGCAAAAGAUGCAGGUCUGGAUGUUGCCACCAUAACAAAAACUGUUGUUGAAAACAUCCGCAAGAAGGACGCUGGUGAGUUCAGUCACCAUGACCAGGUGUUAGAUACAGGCACCACAGAGGUAGAUCGGCUGAAAAUAGACGUGAUCGACUGGCUCGUGUAUGAUCCUGCACAAAGGGCAGAAGCACUGAAGCAGAGCAAUGCAAUCAUGAGGAAGUUCUUGGCGUCCAAGAAACACGAAGCUGCAAAGGAUGUGUUUGUGAAGAUUCCCCAAGACUCUAUAGCAGAAAUAUAUAACCAGUGGGAAGAACAGGGAAUGGACACUCCCCUCCCGGCCGAGGACGACAACGCCAUCCGGGAACAUUUGUGUAUUCGGGCGUAUUUGGAAGCCCACGAAACCUUUAAUGAGUGGUUUAAGCACAUGAACUCAGCUCCACAGAAGCCUUCUUUGUUGCCACAAGCAAGUUUCACUGAAAAAGUAGCUCAUGAACACAAAGAAAAGAAGUUUGAGGUGGAUUAUGGUAUUUGGAAAGGCCUCUUGGAUGCUCUUACAGCCGACGUGAAAGAGAAGAUGUACAAUGUGUUGCUGUUCGUUGAUGGAGGAUGGAUGGUUGAUGUUAGAGAGGAUGCUGAGGAUGACCCUGAGCGGGCACACCAGAUGAUGCUGCUGCGGAAGCUGUGCCUGCCCAUGAUGUGCUUCCUGCUGCACACAGUGCUGCACAGCACCGGGCAGUACCAGGAGUGCCUGCGCCUGGCUGACAUGGUGGCGUCUGAGCGACACAAGCUUUACACGGUAUUUUCAAAAGAAGAACUCCGAAAGCUUCUGCAGAAGCUGAGGGAAUCUUCUCUGAUGCUUCUAGACCAGGAUCUUGAUCCUUUAGGCUAUGAAACUUAGUGAUAAGUUUUGGCAAGUAUCUACAUGAAAUCUGUCAGUGUGGACAUUCUGCUUGUAAGAAAACCAUGACUCAGACAAACUGUUCUGAUUUUUUUGGUGGGGAAAAACCUGAAUCCUGAGCUUUCACUUUUAGUUUGAAAAACUCUGACCACCUUCAGAGAAGAUAUUUG